UAAAGUAAUGGCAACCAAACUCCGCGUGUGGCCAUUGUAACUGCGAGCAGAGCGAAGUCAGUCAAGCGGAGGUUGGUUCCUCGUCGUCACAGUCCACUUUCAAUCAUCGAUCAUGAUGGCUUCACGUUUCUCUUCUCUUGCUCUCGCACUCUUCAUCUCACUCUCUACUCUCGUUUCGUCGGAGUUACUUCUGGAAGAAGGUUACACAGUAACAACAGUGAUCGACGGCCAUCAGUUGAAAAUCAAUCCCUACUCGGUUGUCCCUCGACCUGGAUCGUCUGAUCUUAUUCUCCUUGACUCGGUUAACAGCCUUUUCUACGCACUUUCAUUUCCCUUAUCUCAAGAGAAUGCAGUGAGGCGAUUAUUAGGAGACGGCAAAGCUGGAUAUAAGGACGGGGACCCUGGUUCGGCUCAGUUUAAAAAACCGAGGAGCUUUGCUGUGGAUUUGAAAGGCAACGUUUAUGUUAAUGAUAAGGGAAACGGUGUUAUCAGAAAAAUCACCAACUCAGGUGUGACUACAAUUGCUGGAGGUAACUCAAAGAAAACAGGAAAAGAUGAUGGACCAGCACAGAAUGCAACAUUCUCAGAUGAUUUUGAGUUAACUUUUGUUCCUGGUAUAUGUGCUUUAUUAAUAUCAGAUCAUGGGAAUCAAUUGGUACGCCAGAUUAAUCUCAAGGCAGAAGAUUGUUCAAUAAGUUCUCAUUCUGGACUAGGAGCUGUUUCUGUUUGGGUUCUAGUAUUAGGACUAGGACUCUCUUGUUUAUUUGGCUUGGUCAUUGGAAUUGUAGUUCACCCUUACAUCAUCAAUCAUACAGGAAGGCCUCAACCUUCUCCGUUUCAAUGCGACAUGGAGGCUUUACCUAAUCAAUCCGGUGAAACAAGUACAGAUGCGUUGCUUCGGCAUCAGAAGCGUAGUUGCUAGCUCUACGGUUUAUGCAAUCUUGAGGAGGCUCUUUUGGUUGAGCAUUUCCCAUAUUUCCCUUAUGUUUAGAAUCGACUAUUUUGAAUCUGAAACUUCAGACAAGAUUGUAUAUUUGCCUGAAACUCCAGACAAGGGUGUAUCUUUGCUUGAUUGUAAUGAUUUAGGUAGUUGUGCUGAUCAACUGAAAGAUUUAAUAAGUUGUGACGGAAACCUGGACGGAUUGUUUGAAGAUACGUUGAAGCAAGGAAAUGAAAAAGAAGGGACCACUGAUGGUUUGUCUGUCAACCAUGGAAAGUUAGAUGAGAUGAUAAAGGCUAACAUCAUGGGAUUUGCUAGGGCAACUGAAGAUACUACUACAGGACUUGGAUCUUCGAUGGGUAGUUCAGGUAUAGUUAGGAGACACAAGUAGUUGAAAGGCACAUCCUUUUUUAUUUAUCCUAAGUUGUGAGGCCUGUAAAUAUCUAAACUGAUUAUUUUCUUUCAUUGCCAUCUAGAUUAUUACUAUUAUUAUGUGUUUGCUUCUCUUA